AGAUUUAAAAAAAAAUUCAAUUACACUUUCUUCUUUUUCCAAGUCCACCCAAAGUGAGAAGUUGAUGGCCUACGCCAAGUACAGCUAUGACGCACUGAGACAGCGCAUCCGCCUCAGAGAGUUUGGGUCUUAUGAGAAUAAGUCCUUCCACUUUGACGCACUUCUACUCUACAAACAGGGUGUCAUGUACAAGAUUAACUACAGAAACCAAACAUGUUGCAAGAAGCGGCUGAGAAUGGACUUUCAUCCACUGGCGAUCCCAAAAAAUGCUUCUCUGCUGGGGCAAAGCGUGAUGGGCAGCUCCUCUGGUCCAGGACAGGGGCUGCUAGUUAACACCUGGGUGGGAGAGCUGCAGACCAAGAGGGGACCAGCCAAGUACAUGAGCACUGUUACAGAGUUUGGAUGCGUCCCCGUCAGCACUCUGUUCCAUUCCAGUAAAAGCGGAUGGGUGGUGACGAGCUUCUUCAACAACGUCAAUGGACUGGUAGACCCGCAACAGCUCAUCCCUCCACGCUUCUGUGGUGAUGCCCAGCUGGAGGAAGAGGACAGUGAGAAUCCAGAGACCUUCUUCAGCCUGUUUUAAAAGAGAAUAUUUUCAGAAAUUUAAUGAACUGUGAUGAUCAUUCUUUUAUUUGUGUGUUUUAAGAAAAGACUGAGGGUACUUACCAAUGAUGUCAUUUAUUACAGGUGAUACCAGAAAUGAUAUGAAGUAAUUUCACUUGUGGUAUAAAAAAAGAAAACAUACAUGGACUAAAUGGUUAAUUUUAUU